ACUGUGUAAAAUGUGAAAAAAUAUUUUGGUUGUGAGAAAAACAGCGCAAAUUUUCAUACUUCUUGAGCCUCUUCUACCCCAGAAUUACUCGAAAACGGAGUAAUAUAUGAAUGGUUAUUAGAAAUAUUACAGCUGGUGUUAAUUCAAAGGAAUAGUUGUAUUUUUUUGGAGGAUUUUGUGACGAAGCAAUUUUGGCUUGAUGUCAUUCAGUGUAAACUAAGUCCUUCCAGUUCAACGAUAAGCUGAAGGGUUUAUUUUCCUGCGUUUUGGAUAAAGUUGAAGCAAAAUGGGGCAAACAGAAUGGGCUAUGUGGGCCAACGAACAAGGAGUUAUAACCGCCUUUGUUUUAGUACUGGGUGGUAUUCUUGGUGUGGCUGGAGAUUUCAGGCUGAUGGAAAUUGGUGCAUAUUCCAUUGCUCUUGGGAUUCUUGUUCUCGUGGUUGAGUAUCCGAGAGGUAAAAGGAAAAAAGGCARGAAAACUGUUGAACGAACAUAUCAGAAGGGAUUUACUCAUCUUAUCAUAGCUUUAGGGGUGAUUGGAAGGAAUUACUAUGUGCGCUUUGUUUUCUACCUUCUGUCAUGYAUUCCAUGUGGUUUCUUUCUACCAACUAUUCUUGGCGCCUUCAGCCUCUUCUUCACCAGCUUAAUUUACCUCCGAGCUGCUGUGUCUGGCGAGACAUGGAAACCAUGUCUCGAACCCAAGGCAGAGAGAACCUCAGGGAACAAUAACCCCAGCCUACCCCCCUCAGUACCUCCUCCACGCAACCCACGCACUCAAAGUUUAGACAACUUGGCCUAUAGUGCUGACUCGUCCAACCAGAUAUAAUAACUGUAUUAGCAUUAAAGGGUUUAAAUGUGUUUUUUCUGACACUUCACAAUAUAUAUUC